AUGAAAGAGGAACAGGAUGCAAUGGACCGAGCGCAUAAAGACAAGGACAAGUUGUUGAGAUCCCUGAUCAAUCUCGAUACAUUGGCUCCGGGUCAUGCACAAUUCAUUCGACAAGUCCGGCAUAGUAUCAGGGAGUGGAUCGAGAAGCCCGCCCCAAAAGAUGCCUAUCUGAAUAUACCAAAGCCCGCUGGUAUGACCGCGGCCCACAAACUCCCACUGGAGCUGGACAACUACCAGAAGCGGCUCGUGCACCAGAUCGUUCAAAGUGAGUACCCAGGCUAUGUGAGCAUAGGGAAGAAAUCCUUCAUUCAGAUACUCCCCUAUGACAAGAUGCGGGAGAAUGUUUUUCUCCAAAAGAAGCUCCAGCGCACUCGUUGCAACAUAGCUAGCCAGAAGGGCUUCAGCUGGGUCAUCGAAGCUUUGAUGGGGAGCGAGCUUUCAAAGCUCGACUUGAGACUCCUCUGGAGGCCUGAUGGCAUGUUCACCGCAGCCGAAGGAAGUAAACUCACAAAGGAAAGUGAGGCUCUCCGGGAAAAGCUGAGGUCAGGGCCUCCUGUUUUAGUUGGACACAAUCUAUUCACCGACCUUGUCAACUUUUACAAAUGUUUCAUUGGCGACCUGCCCAGUCGUGUGGAGGAUUUCCAGCAAGCAAUCAAUGAGCUGUUCCCUUUGGUCAUUGAUACGAAGUACAUGGCAACUACCGGGGGGGUAUUACGAGACGCAUCCUCAGCCCUGUCAACACUCAUGGAAAACCUGGGUUCAAGGGUGGUGCCUAAAUUUGGUAUUUUGUUUCACUCAAUGCACCUGCUUCUUCUUUCUCCUCGGAAACUAACAUUUUGUGCAAAUGGUAUAGAAACCCACCCAGAUCACUCCUCGUACACCGUCAGUACCCCAAUGCACGAAGCGGGGUAUGACAGCCUUAUGACAGCCCAGAUUUUCCUCAAGCUCGCGGUGCAGCUCUAUGAAACAAAUGAGCAAGGGAAGGCAGAAAACACGACGCAGCAAAAGCUCGUGUAUGGUCAUGCAACCAAAUUUGACCUCCUGUUGGACAUGGAUGAUGAAGAAAGCGGCGCUAGCUCUGUGGGCCCUUCCGAGCAAGACAGUCUUCUUGAGCAGAAAGUAAUCGAAGGAAAGCUACUCCCACGACUUGAUGAUGACUUUUGGAGCAAGUACAUAAACAAGCUCAGGGUCUUUGGAACAACUGAGGAAAAAAUCAACUUUGAACGUGGAGAAGCCUCCCUAAGCCGAAUUUUUGGUGGUUGCUUCUGUGCCUUUUAA